UUCAAAAUGGAGGUGUGUUCAGAGCAGUGCGCCAAAUUUAAACUGACAAGAAGGCAAUGAGUGAAAAGUUUAUAUUUCAUGAUGAAGAAGAAGGCGUUUACCCUUUAUGAUGUCUUGGUGACCAUUUUGUCGCUGUUCUCAUAUGUAAUAGAUGUUGGAUCAGAUAUUCUGCUGAUCGUGACAUUCCUUCUUGAUGGCCACCAGAUAUGGGCUUCAAUAUCCAUGGCAUUUGUUGCUUUGUCAACAUUCCUCAUGCAGAUUUUCAGUUUUAGCUGGCAUGCUUCUGACAAGAGUUUAACAUGGAAAACAUUUCUAGUGCAUGCCUUAUUUCUGGCACCUGCCCACAGGUAUUUCCAGGCCAUACGACUUGGAAUUCGAGCAAAACAGACAAGAAGCCGACAGGACCUUGAUGCUGUGUUCCGUGCCAAUAACGACAUCUGUCUGCUCCGACUCAUUGAGUGUUUUGUGGAGUCUGCUCCCCAGCUUAUCCUACAGUUGUACAUCAUAUUGCGGUACCAGCAGUUCAGUUGGGUGCUAGGGCUGUCAACUGUACUGUCCCUGACGUCGAUGGCCUGGUCCAUGACGGCCUACACAGACGGUCUGCGCCUCGCCUACAAGGAUAAAUACAACAGGAAAUGGCUGAGUAUGCUGGCCCACACUACCUGGCAGACAGCAAUGAUAUCUGCACGUGUCAUGGCGAUUGUUGUCUUCUCAACCCUCUACCAGGCCUGGGUCUUCUUGGCUAUGGGAAUCCACUGGUGUGUGAUGACCUUCUGGAUAACACUACAGAACGCAGACUUCGGCGAGACAACAUGUGAGAAGCGCCUGUUUAACAGUGUGUCCGGUUUUAUCUACAUCUUUUGUUUCCUGAACCUGAAGGACAGCCGUGCGAGGUGGAGGAUACUGGCCUAUCAUGUGGUGGUUCUGGGGGAGAACUCUCUACUGGUGCUGCUCUGGUUCUUAGGGAGGCCAGACAACACACCCAUGUGGAUGGAGGUGUCUACUAUAGCCAUCGUCUUUGGAGGAUAUGCCGUCGGUGGUGUGUUCAUGAUGGUCUACUACAGCUGUUGUCAUCCGACUGGCCCGAAAUCUGAACAGGACAAAAACGAGAUGGCCUACUGGUUCAGGAGGUUCGGUCCCAGGGAGAGCAAGCCAAAAGAUGCCAUAUUUGAAGUCCCUAAAACACCAGCCCAUGUGGCCGACUGGCUGAAUGCUUCUGUCAACCUUAGUUUGGCCUCGAAAGCUGACCGUCUGGAUGUGUCACAUGACCAAAGAGGUCUCACAGAACCACAAGAAUACUCACAGAGUUUGGGUCGAUCUGUGGUUGGGAGGAGCUAUGAAGACUCGCCAGUAAUGUUGUACCAGAGAUACAACGAGCCCAGCCCAGCCUCUACUCUGAUGGAGAGUGAUGGAGAAUUCACAAAGGAGUCAACCAAAUUGUCCUACAUCAGUGCAUCCAGCUCGCGACACCUCAUUGAUUCCUCCUCCAAUUUGUCUAUGGACUCAGCAGACAGAUACUUUAACUCCUUCAAUAGAAACAGGUCCAGCAGCUCGGCCACCACAGACCACCAAUACAACUCAUCAGAUUUGGAGACACCACACAAACCUUUCACCAUCAGCGCCAUAAACGAUGUGUCGGGGUCCUAUCUCGCUCCUAAACACACCUCUCAUGAUAGCUUUUACUCCUCACCAGAGUUCAAAUCUACAGACAUGUCUCCUUUGGACGCCAAAAAGUUGUGGGAGGAAUCACAGGGCCGGAUUGAUGAGACUGUAGCACAGACAAUCACCAUAGUAACACACACUGACCUGGACAGAAGGACCAGUCAUUCCACCAUAACAUGGAGAAAAAACAGCCCAACUGAGACUGAUUCAUCUCAGAAUUCUAACUCUCUACAUGGCGAGUACAAUGAGACAAAUGUUGACCACUCUGUGUUGCAUAAACAAACCCAGUUAGGUCAGGGAGACAGUCGCUUAGGUCUGACCACACGAUCACAGUACAAUGGUGACCCAUCGCAGACACCAAAUCACGCUAAAUUCUCACCAAACAUCCCUCAAGAGGAGGACAGGUUCAAAAUUCUCAAUUCAUCUCACAAUCAAGAGGUAUCUUCAACUCGGUGUUCUGACCACCUAGACGGUUCAUAUUCGCCAUUCAACUCAAAAUUCGUGAGUGACCGGGAUGAGGAGGAGCCCUACUACCAUUACAACAUGUCAGGAACACCUCUAGUUACAGAACAGCCAACCCUUUUCAGUCCCUGGUCCCCAUCUGUGGAAGACUCUAUCCCUUACAUUGAUGGAAGUGUUGUACAUGAUGAGGGACAGGACACAGUACAUGAAUCUUCAAACAAUAAUGAGGGAUCUGUUCUAUCUGACUGGUUUGCCGAUAUUUCAUCUCUACACCACACACAGCCUGACCGUUUCUGGACAUCUGGCAUAAACAACAUGUCAUGUGACAGAGACAGAAGUAAUCCUGAGAUAUCUACGACAGGUGAGUCAUCUCGACUAUCAGCAGACAAUAAUUACACUGACAGUUCUGAAGAGCCAAGGAGUAUCUCAAGUACAUCAUUCCAAGACAGAAGCAGAGACAGAAGCCACUCACUGUCUUUGCCCCCUGACUCUUCCAUCAGUCUGUACCAGUACAGUAACUCACAGCAGGGCGAAUCUCAUGGGAACUCCUAUGUUGACAAUCUAAGGACAAAAUCAUCACAUAUGACCUCUGGGUACUGUGGUAGUAAGGUCAAUAUUUCUGAUGUGACAGAUAGGUCAUGGUCAUCUAGGUCACAGAGUUGUGAAUCGGGAGUAGAUAGGGGACAGCAGUCAUCCGACAGCAGAUACAGUGGUACUAGUUACACAGAGUCAGACUCGAUGAAUAUCUCUCCACAUAGAGAUUAUAGUCUCUCCUCUAGGUCUGAUGCUAUCAGCCCUAUUUACUCAAAGACAGUUCCAACACUAGAGGACAGUGGCUACCAUCGGUCAAAAUCCACCGCCUCGUCCCUGUCAGGCACAGACUUCACACAAGAUGUCAGUGUGUCAAAAUCAGGAGCUGAUCACAGCAUCGAGUCAGCAUCAGCUGGGGAUUACAGUUGUGGGUCAAGGUCAGCUGGGGAUUACAGUUUGGGGUCAAGGUCAGCUGGGGAUUACAGUUGUGGGUCGAGGUCAGCUGGUGAUUACAGUUUGGUGUCAAAUUCAGCUGGAGAAUACAGUGUGGGGUUAAAUUCAGCCGGUAAUAAUAGAAUAGAAUCUAGUUCAGAUAAAGGUUACAGAGUGGGGUCAAGGUCAUUUGGGAAUUACAGUGUGGGGUCAAAUUCAGCUGGUGAAAAUCCAUUGGAGUCUAGUUCAGAUGUAGGUUACAGUGUGGGGACAAGGUCAUUUGGAAAUUACAGUGUGGGAUCGAAGUCUGCUGAUAUCUACAGGUUGGGAUCUAGGUCAGAUAAAGACUACAUUUCAGGGGCAAGGUCAUUUGGUAACAACAGUGUGGGGUCAAGGUCAGCUAAAGAUUACAGUAGGAAAUCAAGGUCAGAUGGAAAAUAUAGUGGGGAGUCAAGUGUAGAUUAUUCAAAGUCAGCUUCAGACAUGUCAAGACAGGAAGAUCUUUUCACAAGAACCAAGAGUCUGUCAAAGAUGGACACAUCAACUAAUGGAUUGUACCUGAGUUCGUCUAAUGUACAUGGAAUGGACAUUUCUAAGGAGAGUUAUGCCAAAGAACAUAGUUACCUUGAAGACCAAAUUGUACCAAACAGACAGGACAAAUCUGAAAUAUCUAAUGAUUCACUCAACAUUGAUUACUCCAGAACAUCUGUCCCUGGGAAUGACUCCCCUGGAAACAGGAGGAGAAAGAGUUCUGUGAGAUCAACAUCGAAAUCACCAAGAGAUCGUCUGCCCAGGAAACGUUCAUCAUUGUUCAAUGCUUCUGUAGGCUCAGAUAACAAUUCUCUGUCUGUCACUAAAGAAUCGCCCAUCAGUGUGCAUGAUAUGAAGAAAUCACCCCAUCGACUUGGCAGGAACAUUGAUUUAUUCAAUAUCUCAACCUGGAGAAACAGUUUGGAUAUAGAUGCAAAUGAAGGUUUCACAGGAAUCAAAAGCUUGCAGUAUGUUCCACCUGUGACUGUCAUUAAUAAACCUCUUCCCAUUACCAAACUCACAGAAUCUCCGUACAAGUUCAGGCCCAGGAAACCCAACUUGGCACUGACUCAAUUAACAGAAUCUCCUUACAAAUUCCGCUCAAAACCAAAUGAGGACAUUGGAAGGAUUAGAAUUCCUUCGGAUAAAGAAAAUGAUUUAUAUGUACACCGCAACUGUGGAGCUACUCAAAGUGCUAGGAGGUCCUUGCCAACUAAACCCCUAUAUCUAAAAGAGGCUCCAAACGAAUACAAUGGUCAUCAGGCAAACACAAGGAGGAAGUCAGACAUUCCAUCCACAUUUCCCUGCUAUAUGUAUUCCUCUGACGGAGAAACAGAGGAGGACUCUCCCGGACACCGUCAGCACAGAGAUCCAGCAAAGUCCGGCAAGGCCCGACAGGUCCUGGGAGCCCUAGAGAACACCCCGGGAUUCUCACCCAUCAUUGUGCCUGAAGAACUACACCGAGUGAAAAGUGUAGAAUUCUUAGGUAAGGUGAUUAAACCCGUUGUAAGCACACCUUUGUCUGGCCACAGGCUGAAUAACAGUUACCAGCAACUGGAUGUCUCAGUGGAGUGCUUCUCUACGGUAGAGGUGUAGAUAGGUAUGAUUGCUGUACGUGUUCGGCAUCAUAUCAGUCAAGACAUUACCCAUCCUCAAAAUACAUUUGGUUCCGCUCUGGAUACCCAUAGUCAUCCAUGAACUAUGUUUUGACAAAAUUGGUCGCUUUUUAUGCCACCACCUGAAUAUGAUACAAGUAGCCUAGUCCGUUUCUUGAUGAACGUGAAAGGAGUUGAGUGGCAGCAAAUUGGUAAAUUUGACUGUCUAAGUUUGAUUGCAGCUCCUCUGUAAUCUUCAAAGGAAAGAGCAAGCCAAAUGAUAGGUCAUCUGAAUAUAAUUAAUGAAACCAAUUUAAUGGCUUACUACAAGCCUUCAAUUUUGUUAUGACACAUUCCAGGAGUACAGAGAAGAUGUGUAUCGUGAACAGAACUCAGAGAAGAUGUGUAUCGUGAACAGAACUCUUUGAUUUCAAGGACAGUCUAUUCCAAAAACUAAUAGCUGCAAUGACUUUAUGUCAGGCAGCAGUGAUAUAAAAUUGAUAUUAGGAUUUAUUUUUUGUACUGAACCCUUUUUACCUCACUUGCCUAAAAGGCUGUAUUUGAUGUAUAAAUUUUGAAUAAAACUAAAAACGCUAUGGUAAAUCUUUAACUGAUCAUGAACCACUGAAAUGCUGCACGAUGACAUCACAAUCAACUGCCAUGAAAUGGCUUGAAAUGUUGUCCAGACACAUUAGUUUUCUAAAUUGUCUUUAAUUUUUAUCCUGUUCCAGUACAUAUCACUUUAUAUCACAUUGUUUAUGUGCGGGGUCGGGUUUCAUCAUGUAUCUCUAAAAGUGAUUUUUCUGUCAAGUGGCUAUGUUUUACUGGUUGUGUUUAAUUCUGUACCUGAUGUUGUUUUUAGUGUGAGUCGCAUUGAAUUAUUUCUGUUUAUUGAUGCCAUAAGACCCUCUUGGUACCAGAGAGUUGGUUAUCAUGAAAUGAAAGCAUUAAUUUAAGCGAUAACCCAGAUAUAUCCAUCCUCGAUAUCCAGGGGUUACGCUCACUUUCCCUCUAUAAAC